AUGGGUAUUCUCGAAAAAAUUGCAGAAAUUGAAAAAGAAAUAUCUAGAACACAGAAAAACAAAGCCACCGAGUAUCACCUCGGCUUACUGAAGGCAAAACUAGCAAAGUACAGAGUACAACUUCUAGAGCCUUCAAAGUCUGGUGGAGUAAAGGGUGAAGGUUUUGAUGUUAUGAAAUCUGGGGAUGCAAGAGUUGCAUUGAUUGGGUUUCCUUCAGUGGGUAAAUCAACAUUAUUAAAUAAGCUCACAAAGACUCAUUCGGAGGCUGGCGCAUAUGAAUUUACUACAUUAACCUGUAUACCCGGAAAAAUUGAAUAUAAUGGUGCAAAUAUUCAAUUAUUGGAUUUGCCUGGUAUUAUCGAAGGAGCUGCUCAAGGUAAAGGACGAGGAAGACAAGUUAUUUCUGUAGCGAGAACAGCAGAUUUAGUUUUGAUGAUGUUAGACGCAACCAAAAGUAGUCAACAACGUGUAUUAUUAGAACGCGAAUUGGAGAUCGUUGGGAUUCGAUUGAAUACAGAAAAACCAAACAUAUAUUUUAAGGUUAAGAAAGGCGGCGGAAUCAGCUUCAAUGCUACUGUUAAAUUAACCUAUUUGAAUGAAAAGAUGGUGCUGGUUCGUGAAGAUGUUACGAUUGAUGAGUUUAUCGAUGUUGUAUUGGGUAAUCGUAAAUACAUCAAAUGUCUAUACAUCGAUUCGAUAACUUUGGAAGAACUGGAUCGUUUGGCGCAUGAACCAAAUACUGUCGUUAUUAGUUGUGAGAUGGAUUUAAACCUUGAUUAUCUUGUUGAACAAGUUUGGAAGCAUCUUAACUUAUUAAGAAUAUAUACAAAGAAAAGAGGAGAAUAUCCUGAUUUCGAAGGUGGGCUUAUCGUUAGAAAAGGUGCCACUGUUGAGCAUGUGUGUCAUGUUAUCCAUCGAACUUUAGUUGAAGAAUUUCGCUAUGCUCUUGUUUGGGGCAUAUCCACAAAACAUAACCCUCAAAGAGUUGGGUUAUCACAUGUCAUGGAAAAUGAAGAUGUUAUUCAAG